GCUUUCGGUGGCCAUUUUGCCGAACCAUCUUCAAUUCCAGCAAGAUUGAUUAGAUCAUUAUGCCCCCUCUUCCCCCCCGGCAAAGUGCACGAUAUGCCCGCGUACCUUGCAACAGUCGUAUUCGUGAGCUAAUCUGCGACUUCUCCGCACACCGAUUACCGACACCGCCAGAUCCCUCUGCUGGGCCCCCCCGUUCCACCAGAGCACUUAUAAGCAUCGCUGAACGCCGUCACGGCUUCGUUCGAGCUCUUGCCCUCGAUUAUGCUCCCUUCGGGCGGACUCUCUUUGCUCAUUUGUCAUUUCUGCUAGUUGCUGGUCGGCCAAGCUCCUCCAAGCAUCAACACCCAUUUCCCCCAGAAAAAAACACCCGAUGUGACCCUGCAAACGCGUCCACGAAACGGCCGAACAGGGCCGUAUAAGAGCUAGGAGCUGUUCGCUUCCCGUUGAAAAACCCCCCAAGACCCCCCAAAUCUCCACUCGCGACUUUCUCAAGAACCCGACUUCAUUCGUUCGGCUAUCAAAUUUGCCGGGCUCGGUAGUUGAACCCUGCGUUGAAGGCAAAAACCCUAGACAAACAAGAGUUUGUCCAUGCUCCCCCGCAUUCCUCCUGAUAGCGACUGUACAUGUAAAUAUGCCGAAAAUUGAUAAUCCCCAUCGGCU